AUGUCGAAACAUAAAGUUUCCCUCGAAUGGAAAAAGCGAGUUAAAACGGAGUAUGUGAAAAUUCGACAGAGUAAGCGUCAUAAAAAAGUGGAUGAUGUACGCUCAGCGUGGAAUCGGAACAGGUAGCGUCGAUCGAGGUUCAUGCAAUCAUUAUUAGGUAUGCUAGUUGCGGACAAUGGUUCCUGGUUGUCAACAAAUGCAACAUGGGUCCAAUGCGAAGUGGAACAACUGCCACAUGUCCACUGCAUGAAGAAAGCGGAAGUGAUAGACCAGGAGGGCAUUCAUCAAAAUGUACCGAUACGAGUAGUCAAUGCAGUAACAACAAUUCCAACCAUGUAUACGUGGGCUCCAACGCAACAGAAUUUUAUGGUGGAAGAUGAAACGGUCCUGCACAACAUACCGUAUAUGGGCGACGAAGUUCUCGAUAAGGAUGGUUCAUUCAUUGAAGAGCUUAUAAAAAACUAUGACGGCAAGGUGCACGGUGACAAAGAGGACAGCAUUGAUGAUGCCAUGUUUGUCGAGUUAGUGCACACGUUGAUGCAGUACACAAAUAAGCCUGCUACUGGAGAUGAACCCAAGGAACCCACCAAUGUUAAAGGACCGACAGGAGAAAAAUCGACGAUUGUUAAUGUUGACCAACCCGCUGGAAAAGCCGUACCUAGAAAAGGGGGAAGAGACAAAGAACCGGAAGACAAGUAUGGCGGUACAGAAGCAAACCCGAAUGAGCAAACCAUAUCGUCCGAUUUGAAUGAACGAAUGCAACGACCGAGAAGGAACGGUGCAAACGUGAAAGCGUUUCCACCAGCAAUAAUAUUUCAAGCUAUAAGUUCACAAUUUCCAGAAAAUGGAACAGGAGAAGAACUAAGGGAUAAGUACAUUGAACUAACAGAACGUGUAGAUCCAGAAAGACCGCCGGAAUGCACACCAAACAUCGACGGACCAAGGGCGGAAUCUGUGUCGCGAGAACAAACGCUCCAUUCCUACCAUACACUUUUUUGUAGACGUUGCUUUAAGUACGAUUGUUUUUUACACCGUUUGCAAGCUUGCCAUCCUGGUCCUAACCUCCAGCGACGUCGGUGGCCGGAACUGAAGGCCCCGGGCAAACCAUGCAGUGACGCGUGUUAUUUGCUGUUGGAUGGCAUAAAGGAGCAGCUGUGUUCGGACAAUAACAGCAAAUCGCCUGCAAUGAUGGACUCUGGAAAUGAGGCAUGUUCUGAAGAUAGCAACGAUAGCAGCCACUACAGUAAGGACGCGACGUUUGUAAAGUCGGCCAAAAAUGGAAACAAUCUGUUCGAAAUAUUCGACGCUAAAGACACAGAAUGGAAUGGUUCAGAUAAAUCGUUCUUCCGUACGUUGCAAAAAACCUAUCUGAACAACUACUGUGCCAUUGCCGAGGCAAUGUUGGUGAAAACUUGCCAACAGGUGUAUCACUUCGCGCAACAGGAAGCGGCCGGAUUUCUACCGAUUGAGCUUAAUAAGGACAGUACUCCACCAAGGAAGAAGAAGAAGAAGCAUCGUCUUUGGUCGGUACAUUGUCGUAAGAUUCAGCUGCGCAAAGAGUCGAGCUCGAAUCACGUGUACAAUUAUUCGCCUUGCGAUCAUCCGGGCCAGUGCGAUGCAAACUGCCCUUGUUACAGUGCACAGAACUUCUGUGAAAAAUUCUGUAACUGUAGUAGUGACUGCCAAAAUCGAUUUCCGGGAUGUCGUUGCAAGGCACAGUGCAAUACUAAGCAGUGUCCAUGCUAUUUAGCUGUGCGCGAAUGUGAUCCUGACCUUUGCCAGACGUGUGGAGCAGAGCAUUAUGAAAUUGGCAAAAUUACCUGCAAAAACGUGAGCGUGCAGAGAGCUUUGCAUAAACACUUGCUGAUGGCUCCAUCUGAUGUGGCUGGUUGGGGGAUUUUCCUGAAAGAAAGUGCACAGAAAAACGAAUUCAUUUCAGAAUACUGCGGAGAAAUAAUAUCGCAGGACGAAGCUGAUAGGCGUGGGAAAGUGUAUGAUAAAUACAUGUGUAGUUUUCUUUUCAAUUUGAAUAAUGAUUUCGUUGUCGAUGCCACUAGGAAGGGUAACAAGAUACGAUUUGCCAAUCAUUCUAUCAACCCAAACUGCUACGCUAAAGUGAUGAUGGUAAACGGCGAUCAUCGUAUUGGCAUAUUUGCGAAACGUGCUAUUCAACCUGGGGAGGAACUUUUCUUCGAUUACCGUUACGGGCCAACGGAACAGCUAAAGUUUGUAGGUAUUGAACGUGAAAUGGAGUUUCUUUAA